AAAAAAUAAUUUAAAAAAAAUAACUAAACGUGAGGACUCAAUACUAGACUAUGCUGUGUAAUAAAAGUAGGGAAAAAUGAACUUUGCAGCAUAAUCCAAUUAAAAUUAUAUCACUUGGGGGAUUCAUUAUUCAAUAUUUGAUUAUUGUAAACCACACGAUACCACCUCCUAUAACACCUCCCCCCAUAGGCAUUAAAAGCUGGAAAUUCUCGGAAUAAUUUCACGAUGAGCUUGGGAAUAUGUUUUGUGUCCUCAUGCGGGGUAAAGCAAAUGGAAAUUGAAAUUUUAAAUAUUUAUAUUUAUGCUGGCAAUCGUCUGAUCAUUUUGCUGCUUCUUUUUUUUCUUUACUCAAAAUUCCCUUCACUUUCCCAUCUGGACUGAAAAGAUUUUUUUUCCAUCAUCACACAAUUGCAAGGAAGAGAUAUCCUUCAGAUAAGGUGAUGUAGGUUAUAUUUUGUAAAUAAUAGCUGGGGGAGAGGAAAUGCAAGAAAGAUGUAGAAUGUGUAAUGAAAAGGUAAAAGAUAAGCCCCUCAAGGUAGACUCAUUCAGGGAAAAAUUCCUUCAAUAUGCUCCACCUUAUUGCCACCGUGUGCCCUAUAUAUUUUCUAUUUUCCACCAACAAAAUGGGCCAUCCUCCGCAGCUCGAAAUGUUUCAUUAGGGGGUUUGUGUGGUCUUUUCAUCAUUUUUCAUUUCAAUUCACCACCCUCGCGCAUUACUGCGAAAUAUCAUGUGGCAAUAUUUUCAUACCCAGAUAAAUCGUUACAGUGGAAUUUAGUUGCGGAAAUUAUGCGAUAAACGUGCUGGGAAAAUAUCCCCACAAAAAAAGCUUAAUGCAGUGACUUUGGGCAUUAUUGGCUUAAAACAUUGUUUAUUUAUUUGAAUUAGGGAAACUUUUUGAAUAAAUUACAUUUAAACCUCCACCCCGUAAUAUAUUCCUUGAUGUACUCUUCAAGGAUUAUGCUCAUCAAAUAUUUCAAAUAUUUUUAGAAUAUUCCUCGUAUUAUAUUCUUUCAUUAUACAGCUGUGUAAGUUAUGAAAAAUAGAACAAGCAGAAAUAUAGAAAAGAAUGUUAAAGAGACAAAAAAAAGGACUUCUGUUAAGUACUUUAACUCUAUCCUUUGCUUUAUGAUUUUUUUGCAAAGGAUAAUGAAGCAUUUUUCACAAUAUAUAAUCAGCUUUCGUCUGUUUUUUAUUACUUCUCCUCAAAUAUUUUCCUCACAUUACCACUCUUUUAAUACUUUUCACCUCCUUGAUGAACUUUCGCAGGAUUUUUUUUGUAACGAAAUUUUCCAUUGAAAAUUCAUUGGAGAGGAAAAUUGAUUCAUUUUUCUUCUAAAUGACGUGAAUAAGAACAAAGAAAGAAAAAAUUCAGAGAUCAUUAAAUUUUUAUAUACCUACAAAAAUCCUUUUCUGGCCAUUUUUCCGUUCUUCUUAUUGAUCCAUUAGAGGAUUUUUUUUUGCACUCUAUUUCGGGAAAACCUCAACGGGGACCACUUCCCCUUAUCCCCACCCACUUGAAGAUUAAAUGAGAAUUUUUUCACCUUAAGAUUUUCUUUCUGCCAAACCAUUGUUUUAAUUUUAAUCACAAUCUCUCGGUUUGAGAUUUCUACGGGGUUGGUUUUAGGUAUUCCAUUAUUUACAUGCAAAUAAUAAAUGAAUUUAAUGAAAAGACUUUCCCGAAAGUUCAACUUCAAAGACCAACAUAAUUUGCACCAACAUUUCUCAAAAUGUUUAUCCUCCCCAAAGUUAAUCAUAAUGUGAGUGAGUAGCAGGCAAAUGGGAAAAGAGCUGAAAAUGCGGAGAACUUUGAGGUAAAGAAAAACCGCGUAAAGGUUUCCCAUUUUAAUUUUCAACAACAUAAGAUACCUUGAAUUUAUUUCUCUUAUUCCAAAGAAAGUUUGCAUUUUAUUCUUUUAUUUUUUGGUUUCUUUUUUUUUUUUUUAAAUUAAAGACUUGUAAAUCAACUAAUCAUCGUCAUUUAUUUUAUUUCCUUUCCAUUCUCUUCAAUUUUCUCGGAUUUCCUACAUUUUAACACGUGAAUUAUGGCCACAAAGAAUCACUUAAGAAAGGUAAAUGAGGUAAGUUAUUAAUUUUUCUACGGAAUAUUUGCUAAAACAUUGGGGAAAAUUAUUCAAAAUUAAAGGUAAAACAGAGAAUUAGAAGCAUUCUGAAAAGCUUUCCACCGGAAGUUAGCAAUAAUUUUUCUCUCCUUUCUUAGCCUGAAGUAUCUCCUGGGCCGACCAGAUGCGCUGUUCUUAGGGAAUUGAGCAAUAGAGUCCCUAAGUCAUCAUCAACUUCCCCAGAAGAGACUCAGAGGUGAGUUUUGAAGGCAAACAAAGCUCAAGAUUUCAAAAUGUUUUUGGUAAGAGGAUUGAAUGUUUCCUUUUUUGGGGGUUCUUUUGCAGAAAACUUCCUUCUUACUUAAAGAAUGUCAAACCACGUGUGAAUACAUUCUGGAAGAAGGAAGAAUUUCCAGGAAAAAUUAGCAGAACAAUUGGAAAGCCCACGAAAGGUAAAAAUUUACCCGGAAGUAUGACAAAUGUGGCAAUUGUAAAACCCUUUACAGUACGAAAGGUGCCAAACAUGGAAAAAGCUGCCUCCUUGGCACAACCUGAGACUAACCGUCAGAUUGAACGUUCUGCAGUGGAGGAAUUUGAAACUGAUGCAUCUGAAUGUCAUUCAAAUAAUCUCCUGAAUGAUGUGAUCGACAUUGAUGCCCGUGAUGAGGAUAGUCUCAUCCAUAUGACGGAAUAUGUGAAAGACAUCUUCAACUACAUCGUGGAACUGGAAAAGAAGUUCCUCAUUGAGAAGGAAUAUAUGGCAAAACAUGAAGAUCUCACACCACGUAUGCGAAGUAUCCUUGUGGAUUGGAUAAAUAAGGUUCACUACCAAUUCCGCUUUGUCCCGGAGACGUAUUACAUCUGUGUGGGACUAAUUGAUCGUUACCUCCAGCAACGGAAGAAGCUUUCACGCAAACUCCUUCAGCUUGUUGGGAUUACGGCCCUCCUUUUGGCCAGCAAGUAUGAAGAAAUGAGGCCUCCAUCAAUCCAUGAUUUUGUCCACAUUACCGACAAUUCCUACACGGACCGUGAAGUGCGGCAGAUGGAGAUAAGUAUGCUGCAGAGUAUGGAGUUCAAUCUCAGUCGUCCACAGCCCAUUCACUUCCUGCGACGCUUCAGCAAAGCAGCCAAUGCCACGAAGGAUAUUCAUGGAGCUGCAAAGUACUUCCUUGAGCUCAUUUCCUUGGAGUACACAAUGGUUCACCUGUGGCCAUCUCUCAUGGCAGCAGCCUCCAUAUAUCUGGCCCUUCGUCUCCUGCGUCCAACCGAAGAUGGCACCAGCGUGUGGACAAGCACACUGAAACACUACACCAACUAUACUGAAGGGGAAGUCCUCAGAGUUGCCAAGGAUGUUGCAUUGCUUGUCAUUGAGGCACCUGAUUCACCUUAUCAGGCCGUCUUUUCGAAGUACAAACACAGGAAAUUAUGUGAAAUAUCCAUUUUGCCGGAAAUGAGCCAAGGCAUCAUUGAGAAAAUCAUCAACAGCUAAAUUCAAAGCACCUCAGUAAAUUUAGGCGCAUUUUUCCCAUCGAAAUUACUCUUCUAUUCAAGACAAUUUUCUUUCGUUAUUUUUUGUAAGUUUUUUUUUCUAUGUGCUCUAGUGAAUUUGACUAAUAAAAAUGUUCCAAACAAAAUUUGGCUUAAGAAGAUUUUUUUUAAAAGUUCAUUGCUUAAAUUUCUAAAAUAAAGAAAUUUUAUUUCAAUGAGUUGUUUUUUUUUAUCUGAUAAAAUAUUUUUAAGAAUCCCAGAAAUAUUUAAAACAUUGGAAAAUGGAUGAUAAAAUAAAUUUUUGUUAAUUUCUUGACAUCCUGUAUUUAAAUUUCCCUCAUUAUCAGGAGCUUUUCGUACUUUAAGGCAAAAAAAUUUGAGCUUUUUUAGUUCAUUGAGGAAUUAUUUCUCUCUCUGUGUAAAUAUUCUCUAAGGAUUCAUUUUCUCUUUUAAUUAAUUUGCAUUCCGUGCUAAUGAAAAAAAUCUUUUUUAAAUUUAUUUAAUUGAAAAAUCCUUGAAAGUUAUGUUAGAAUAUUUCUCAAACUUUCCACAAUGAUCUACCUCAAUUUAUUUCAUUUCAUUAAACUUUAUUUUCUUGUCUAAAUAACCAUGAGGAAGAGAAUAAAUAAUAUUGCCAGGAGAGAACAAUAUAAGAAAUAAACAAAAUGCAUAACACUUGAUAAGAAACUUUCGGAAUUGUGUAAGUCUUGCGAGAAAAUCUCAAAAGUUGAAGUGAGAUUUUCACUCUACUCCCGUCACCGUCUUAUGUGCAUUUUUUUAUAAGCUUAAGAAGAAGAAAAAAAAUGAAAAUGCAAAAAGAAUGGUGUGGGAGAGAAAAGCAAGGAAAUUGUGUGAAGAAAAGUGAUAUAAAUAUUUGCAAUGCAAAUGAAUUUGCAAACUAAUACCAUUUAUCCCCGAGGAAAACCCCAGGAAAAUACCUAAAGGAUUCCACAAGGUAGAAGCAGAUUUUCUUAGGUAAUAUGAGGUGUUUGUGGUAUGAGGAAGAUGAAGAAAUUCCCUCCUCCGCAUGAAGAUUUUCUUCGUGCAAUUUCUCUUCUCGGUUAAGAAAGCCUUGUUGUGACUAUGUGAGAUUUUAGUUCUUAUUUAAAUUAUCUGCACCGUGUGGCUUCACUACUUCACCAUAAUUUUCCAUUGUACAUUCCCACACAGGUUGUGCUAGAAAAUUUUGAAACAACAACUAGGCAUUGUAGAAAAAAAAAUUAUUUUUUUUUAGUAAAAGAAUUUUAUUUUCUUGCAUAAAGAAUGGAAUUUGAAGACAAAUUGCAAAAAAUUCAAUACAUGAAAAAUAAAUUUACAAAAAUGAUAUUGAUUUUUAAUUAAAAAUUUUGGAAAACUUUUCGUAUAAGCACGCCUAAUAGGGAAGUUUUAAACCAAAAAUAUGUGAAAAUUUUGGAAAAGUUCUCAUUCAAUGUUUCUAUUAUGCACUUGAAUGAACAAUUUAAUUCAAUGCACAUGGAAUUUUGUGAGAUUCCUUCCUCACCAACAUAUUCAGAGAGCUUUUUUCUACGUUUGCACACCAUAAGAAAGCUCCUUUUCUUAUUCCCCAAACGGAAUUGAACACUCUUCUCGUCUCUAGAUAGAUUUUAAAUUAAAAUUGUGCAUUGAAGUAGGAAAAAUAGCUGAAAACUGGAAAGUUUCACCUUCAUGCAAUGGAUUCUUUUGCAUUAUUCACAUGAAUUUUCCAAAGAAGAGCUCUUUCUUGCAAGAAUAUCAUUAAGUUGAAAUCUCUUCCAUUGAAUCCUUAUAUUCAAUUCUUUCUCUUUAAUUUUUUUUUCUAUUCCAUAUGGCUUUUCUGAAAUUCACUAGAGCAGAAGAACAUGAUGAAAUUUAAAUCAAUUCGUAAAACAUGAAUGUACUAAAAAGAGGAAAAAUCACUUCAAUAUUUUCUAAAUUGCUGAAAAUCCUUUUUUGGAUAAUUUUUCAGACGAUUCUUAUUCUUAUUUUAUGGAUUCUCUGUAAACCUGUUGUCUUUUCUACGGAACUUCCUUCAAGCAGCUCAAAGGAUUAUCAACAAAAUGCAAUUCUAUGUCUUUAAUAUCAUAAAUUUUAUAGAACUUAUGAAGAGAACUUCACAGAGGACAAAAUAAUGAUAAAAUUUUCUCAGCGUAAGCUUUUUGAAACUUUAAAUUUUCUUUGCUUUCUAAAAGAUUCAAUUUUGAGAAAAGAAAGGUAUUACCUACUGAAGAAAAUUAAAGGAAAAAUUUGUCUUUUAAGUUAAUCACACAAAUUUAAUUACCUACAUAUGGGGAAAUAAAACAAUCUUUCCACCAGAAUAAUUAAAUCCUCGGCAAUUUUGAAUGCAUUGCACAUGAUGAUGAAGCCUUUUGUGCAAAGGGAAAUGAAAAUUUCCAUCUUCACCUUACAAGACAUUUAAGAAAAUGAUUUAGAAUGUGAAAAUCUACUUUUAGAACAAUUUUCCUCUUUUGCUUUUCCCUUCUAUUUGCUUUCAUUGUAAGUUUGCAUUUUCUUCGUAUUUUUUUUCUGUUCACUUUAUAUCCCCAUGGCACCGCAACCUAUUAGCAAAGACGCCACAUUUUCCCCCAGAUUUACAGUCUUUCUCAUUUCGUGGAUGUUGAGUGAGAAAAGUACAACAAAAAAUUCCCCCUUGUGCAUUUUCACGAGUCUCUGCAUCCAUGAAAAUGCAUGUGUAAGCAAAUUUGCUAUUUUCGAUGCAACAAUAAAAUAAAUAUAGCACGGAAAACAAUUAAGAGGAACUUGGGAAUGAACACAAGACUAUGCAAACGAUGGGUCAGAAUUAAACUACUUUUUGUACAUAUUGUUCUAUGAAAAUAAAGAGUAUUUGCGUGAUGAAAAAAUAAAAUAAAAUAAAAUUGAAAAGAACAAACAAUUGAUUUGAUCUGAAACACAAUGUUUCUCCAUUGUUUUUUCUUCGUUUUUUUGCGAAUUUGUUUGUCAAAAUCUUUCGAAAAAGAGACGAAAACUUCCGUAUGUACCAUUGUUUCUACACAUAUUCAUAGAACUAGAGAAAAAUCGUAAAGAAAACCUAUGUUUUAGAUCAGAAUCUACCCACAGGAAUGAAAAUCCUUCGACAAGGAUGUGAAACAUUUUUUUUAUUGUUUCAAAACAGUACAGAAAGUGAAACAAAUUCAUUGGAAUUAGUUUAUCUCGGACCCAUCGAUACAUUCUCAUGUAUAAUGUACUAUGAUUUGAGGUUCUCUCAAGUAUCUCUUGAGAUUUGUCGUAAUCUCAAUGGAAUUGAUGCACUCAAGGAGUGAUGCAUUUUGAAACAUUCCAUCGAGAAUAGCGAAGAAGUACCCUGAAGUGUUGGGUGGUGUUUUCGGGAAAUUUCAAGUGAGGCGGGAUGGGGUCAAAAAUGAACGAAACAAUUAACCCCUAUAUUUUUUUUUACUUGAGAAGGAAACCCAAAACGAAAUACUCAAGUUGCCAAGAAAUUUUCAACACUUCAAAAAGAAGAACUUACAAAAUUCACCGGGAACUAUUAUAACAAAUUUAGCACACACAAAAUUGCAAGAGCACAGUAGGAAGAAAAUUCCCCUCCCCCUCCCCCCGAAAUUCUCUCUUUCUCUCUCUGAGCACUAACACGAAAACUUCUACCCAUUGUUGCUCAUAAUUACCCCCAUAUAAUUAAAAUAUUACACAGUCGUAUUGCCCAUUGUGGACACUCACAGCUAUAUAGAGAAAGACUAAAAGGAGGUGGAAUGUGAAUAUUUUAGUGCAACACACUUUGGCCAGACACUCCAAGUCAAUUAAUUUUACUUUCUUCCCCACCCCAAAUUCACGUAAACUUUCCCCUGAUGUGAUGGAGAAAAUUUUCUAAAUGCAAAAAUUAUCUCUUAUAGAAUACUAUGGGUUAAAAAUGAUUACGAUAGAAGCAAGAGGAUAAUUUAAACUUUUCAAUUUUCAUCCCCAAUUGAGCUAAAGUUUAGCCACAUUGUGAGAAAAAGCACACACACAUCCACCUCCUCUUACGCUUCAGUUUAAUGGGCUGCCCACUGUGCUCCGAUGAAAGUCAUAAGCCAAGAGUAAUUACGACACUGUGAUGGAAACAUCGUUUACCAAGCAAUUUCGGUCACAUGAUGCUGCCAAGAGAUCAUCAAUGAUUCCCUUCUUGCUAUUUGCAUGACACCCCGUCACCCACGCUCUUCACCCCAUUCCCCUCUCCCUUCCCCUAACUCCCAUCCCACCGUCCUUUCCAGUAAAUAUAUGAAAAGUUGGAAGAGCAACCAUUUGUGCUAUAUAUAUAGGGGUGAGGGAGGGGGGUGCAAUUGAAUCCACACAGCAAUUCUGCAAAAGUGGGUAUUUAGAGUGGUGCACC